GGCCACCACGCAGAUCUCCAAAAGACCAUUUCGUCCUUCACGGACGCUCUCCUGGCCGCAGAUCCCGCCAUUACCGGGCUCGACCCGAGCGUCGUCGUCCCUGCCCGUCGGCUGCACUUCACACUUGGCGUCAUGUCUCUCCAGAAGAACGCGAAUGGAGAACAAUCGGGCGCAACUGCAGCCUCCGACGAGUUCCCCACGCAGAAGCCGACGCUGGCGAGCGCGAUCGCCCAUCUGGAGAGUCUGAAGCCGGACAUCAUAGAAUUGCUUGCGGGACAGAAGCUGCAUGUUGAGCUGGGUUUGAUGGAUAUCAUUAGGGGAGGAAAGGGAAGUUCCAAUCGCGCUAACGUGAUGUGGGUCGGACCACCUGAAGAUGGCGAGUUCGCGGAGAAGUUGUGGACCGUCGCGCAAUUCGUGAACAAGUCGUUUACAUCGGCUGGUUUCGUAGUGGACGAGAACCGCCCGCUCAAGGUACACCAUCUGAUCGCCCUUCACCGACUCGUCCGACUUGCUCUCGUCCGAUCCCAGCUCCACUGCACCAUCGUCAACACGGCACAUCGCAAACCGCGCCCCAAAUACCGUACCUUCUUCUCCUUCACGUCCGUCCGCGCCUCCGACGCUCUCCGCGCGAUCGCGCUCGACCCGGACUCGCUCACUGUCCCCCCUGUCCGCGUCGACCUAGGCGUUUGGGGCGUGGACGAGAUACAGAUCUGCGAGAUGGGGAGCCACGGGCCUGAGGGGGAAUAUGUGUGCGUCGGGAAGAUCGCGUUCGACUGA